AUGAGCCUCGACAGGCCGAGAAAGAACUAUAAGCAUCCGAGUGGUCUACCGACACUACUACAUCUAUCACAGCUAUGUAUCAAACGACAUCUAUCGCAACUACAAGAUGUUGGUACCACACCAUAUCAUUUACUUGCCUCAGUCUUGAGUUUAAUGUCAGCUAAACAAUUAGAUCAACUUGAAUCAUUGUCAACUCAACUAACUCCACAUAGUGAUGAGUUAUGGAAGCAACUUAUAGUAAAAGAUUUCCCUGAUCGACCAGUUGAACUAGGUCCUUUAGAGUUGAAUAAAUUGAAAUUUGAAAAGAUGCCAUAUAAAUCACUAUAUUAUAAGUAUGUAAAACAACGAGAUGACUUUCGAAAAGAUUCAGCCAAAAGGUUACGACAUUUGAACCAAUCUAUGAAUAAAGAAAAGGAUAGCAAGAAAAUUGUCACUGUUGAUGAAAUCAGAAGAGAUCCUUCAGUUCGGUGUCGACUGCCAUUCCAAAAUGGCUAUCGAAGACAACAACUGCCAUAUAACAAGAAUACAAUAUUGGGAAAAGCAAUGAGAGAAUCUCAAAACAGAUCACUUAUAUUUGGAGCUCAAGCAAUGAGAAAAUAUGACCCAUAUAAUGCAUUCAAGACUAGGGACUUUGCACCCAUACGUGCGCCAAGAUCAAGCACCACCAUCAGACGUACUACGUGCUUUGAUCAUCAUCAUCAUUUUCAUAAUCAUCAUUCAAAGAGACAGCCCACGACGCCAACUAAGCAGUCAAGUGAGAGGAUCAUGCCUAUCAAGGGUAAGCAAACGUCCCCAUGUCCAUCUUCGCCACCACUGCUGGGAGAAGUUUCUGAUACUUUGAAAAAGAAACGAAUACAUCAGCCAUCAUCGAUUUUUCUUCAAAAUAAGCGUUCACGACCACCAUCACGAAUGUCGCCAAUACGAAAGUCGGAAAAGAAAGAGAAACAAAAAGAAGCUACAAAGGAAGAACCGAGUAAGAUUAAACCACUCAAGUCAUCUAUCUUCAAUUGA